GUUUAAUUUAACAAACAGAUGUUAUCACGCUUAAUAAAUGAUUUGCUUCAUUUUCAUGCACGUAAGACAUGUUCAUUUUUGUUCUGUUAUAGUGACAUAUGAGAAGGUGCGCAAGAAACUGAGAAGGGCAACCGAAACAUCCGAUCUGAACACCACAGAUGAUGAACAAACACAGAAGCGGAAACCCUCUACAAAGCUGUCAUUUCUAGAAGAUGAAGAAGAUUUUUCCAUAAGCAAGAAUGUGAGAUCAUCACAAAGGAUGCCACUCUUGCCAACGCCACCUUUGUUUCCAACAACAGUAGCAUCACCCAGCAGCAGCAGCAGCAAGAACACCAGCAACAGUGAAGAUGGAAAUAUCAGCAGUGAUGACAGGAACUACAACAGCAACACCAGCAGCAAUGACACUGGAACUGGGAACAGGGACAAGAGCAGCUAUGUGCCUCUAUCAGACAGGGAUAGGAUGAUCUUCACCAUUUUAGAAGAAAUCAAGGGCCAGGGGAGACAAAACACCCUGAUGCUUCAGGCACUUCUCAAGCGGCAGCCUCAUGUAGAGCAAGAGCAUGGCAGCCUGCGCCUGGACGAAUUCCGGUUUCCUCUUGACACCAAGGAGGACAUUGACAGAGUGGAGAGGAUGUUAAUGGACCAGGCUACAGAAAAGGCACUGAUCACACACAUUUGUAGUCUUGGUGGCACCACAGCCGAUGACAUCAUCAGGCGCAUGAUGAGUCAUGUGCUGACCAACAAUCUGGCCAGAGGAUACAACUGGCUGGGGCGGGGAAACAAGAGCCCCUUUUCUGUCCUUGCACUGGCGAGAGUAAUCAAAGCUGCAGGCAAGAAGUCUUCUGUCACGGAGGCAGACACAGAGGCCAGGAUGAGGAGCUGGCUAAAGUACAGUGGAGACCGGGAUGGGGGGCGGAAGAGGAGGGCAGAAAAGAAAAAGGAUGCAGAGCCUGCAAAUGCUGCUACAAUUGCUGCUGCUAGUGCUGCCAGUGACAUUGAAGAAGAUUAAGAGAUUGUUUGAGCCAUCUUUUUGCAUUCUAGACAGAUAUUUGAACACAAAUAAGCUUAAUAAACACUGUUGAAUGUAAAGCUAGUUGUUUCUUUUUUCUUUCUUUCUCAAAUUCAAUUUGUUAUAGCUUUGGGCAGCGUCAUUCAUG